UGUUAUUUUACGCCCUGUACUUUGCCAUUCAUAUUGUGGCGAUUACCACUAAGCAAGCAAAGUUUAGAGCGAUAGUAAAAAGGUGUAAGCAUGGUCGUAGCCAGGUGGGUACAGGGUGCUCGGGUAUAAAAAUCAGAAAAAUAUUAAAUUACGGGGGUGGUCCCAAAAGUACCCGGCUUAACCUAGAGAUGGCUGUAGUUGUUUGAAAAAUAUCACUGUGUUAAAUCUAUAAAGCAUACGUUUCAAGUUUGAAGACGCCACGUUGUUUAGUAUAUGCUUGGCAGCCCUCAAUGGUGAACGUCUUCAGUGAAUUUGUGAACAUGGAGAAAAUCGGUCAUCGUUAUGUGAUACAAUACUUUUAUUUGAAAGGCCUCAGCCCAUCCAAUAUAAAAGCUGAAAUAGAUUCUACUUUGGGCGGGUCUGCUCCUUCGUUUACAACAGUAAAAUAUUGGGUAGCAGAGUUUAAACGAGGUCGUACGAGCUGCCAAGACGAGCAUCGCAGUGGUCGACCAAAUGAGGUGACGACUCCAGAAAUGGUGAAGAAAAUCCACAAAGCGGUAAUGGAUGAUCGUCGACUGAAAGUGCGCGGGCUAGCAGAUAUAGUAGGCAUUUCGGAAAGUACGGUACAUCGCAUAUUUUCUGAAGAUUUGGAAAUGAGAAAGCUGUGUCCAAGAUGGGUGAAGCAUUUGCUCACACUCGACCAAAAACAGUGUCGUGAAGAGGUUUCAAUUGAGUGUUUAGCGAAUUAUUGAAUUAAUGUUUGAAUUGCUACCUCAUGCAACAUAUUCGCCAGAUUUAGCCCCCUCGGACUAUUUUCUGUUCCCCAACUUCAAAAAAUGGCUCCAUGGUCAAAGAUUUUCUAACGAUUAAGAAAUGAUGUCGGCAGUUAAUGGCUAUUUUGAGGAGCAAGACAGUUCUUAUUAUAAAAAGGGUAUCGAACUUAUUGAGCAUCGCUGGGAAAA